AAAGCUUCCUAUAAAUUUGGGGAGGCUUCUUCCACAUUGGAACAGUAGGCACACAGGAGACGAGAAAACGUAUAGGAUUAACUACCAAAGAGGACUGUAUACAUUUUUUCUGCUCAUUGGAUUAUAAUUUACUUGGAAAACAUAUAAGCGAGUGGUGGUAUGCUCACUGGCUCAUUUCGAGGAGAGUUUAUGGCCCGAGGCAUUUCCACAACAGAAGCACAUCGAAAGACUAGCCUGUUUCUUGAGAAAACCUGAAACUUGUCACUAUCCUUACUCACAGGCAGCGAUGUUCUUUGGUGCUUUGUGUUACACAACCAAAGGUCUUUGGAUCAUAAGAGCAUAUCUUUCCAUUCACGUCCUCAGCUGAGGCGCAGCAAUGGUUGGCAUGAAACCCAAAGAUGUGAUGCCCUCUGCGGCAGUUAAGUUCUUCGGAGCAGGCACGGCAGCCUGCAUUGCCGACCUUGUCACCUUUCCACUGGAUACCGCCAAAGUCAGACUGCAGCUUCAGGGAGAGUCUCAGAUAGCCGAAGGGGUUGGUGCACUGAAGUAUCGGGGCGUGUUUGGCACCAUCACCACCAUGGUGCGCACAGAGGGGGCCAGGAGUCUGUACAAUGGACUGGUGGCAGGCCUGCAGAGACAGAUGAGCUUCGCUUCUGUCCGUAUCGGCCUUUACGACUCCAUGAAGCAAUUCUACACCCGAGGCACCGAGAGUGCAGGGAUCGUUACUCGGCUCAUGGCGGGCUGCACCACCGGGGCAAUGGCUGUGGCUUUUGCACAGCCAACAGAUGUGGUAAAGGUGCGUUUUCAAGCCCAGGUCCGACUGGCUGACGGCGAGAGGAGAUACAACGGCACCAUGGACGCCUACAAGACGAUUGCCCGAGACGAGGGUGUACGUGGCCUGUGGAGAGGAUGCAUGCCAAAUAUCACUCGUAACGCCAUUGUAAACUGCGCAGAGCUGGUGACCUACGACAUGAUCAAAGAACUCAUCCUGAAGUACAACCUAAUGACAGACAACAUGCCGUGCCACUUCACGGCCGCCUUCGGCGCAGGCUUCUGCACCACAGUUGUGGCUUCCCCUGUGGAUGUAGUUAAAACACGUUUCAUGAACUCAGGACAUGGCCAGUACAGCAGCGCUCUCAACUGUGCCUUCACAAUGCUAAGAAACGAAGGACCCACGGCUUUCUAUAAAGGGUUCAUGCCUUCUUUCCUGCGACUCGGCUCCUGGAACAUUGUGAUGUUUGUCACCUAUGAGCAAAUUAAAAAAGGCAUGAGCAGGGCACAGCAGUACUGGGAGUCUCCGUUCUGACCGCAACUAGCCAGACUUUUUUUUUUCAACUCAGGACCGCAAAACACAACAGCCUAACGCACACCACGGUGCAGGGGUGACUACUGACGACUCUUGGUUGGAGACCUGAAAAUACAGGAGCAUGAAAACACAAGAGUUGACAUUAGAAAGAGUUUGAGCAGGAAGACUCCGGGGACAUUGUUGCAAUAUUUAAAAUAAAGGUUAGACCUUACAGAGGCUUCAUGCAUUUUAAUGGUCAGAAAUUCCAUUACAAGAAGCUCCUUCUGGUGUAAACUUCCAUGUUUACAAGAAUGAAAUGAAAUAAUCACAUGAAUAAUGUUAGGCUGUAAAGUUAGUUUUUUCCUUUAGGCUUUCCAUGAAAGCAGAAGACAGUUUAUGUCCAACAUUACAUACCUUAAAGUGACCACAAUAUGUCUUUCUGGAUUGUUUACACUGUUUACCUUUUGUAGUUGUAGUUUAAUGUUUUUGCCACUAGAUGUGAAAAGUAUGUAUGAUUUGUUGCUGGUCGAUGAGUCAUGUAUAUUUUGUGAAAUAAAGUACUUUAAUUAGUGAAAAA